CGAUAAUUCACUAUUGUGACUGUCAUUUCAAAACGCAUCCACAAUCAUUGAUAACAAUUGUGUUACUGAAUAAUUAUGUUACUUAAUAGUAAUAAUAAUAACUUACAAUGGUACAAUUUAUUAGUGCGCUUCAUUCAAAUUGGAUUAUUAAUAACACAUGUCAAAUCAUAUCAUGUCUCUUAUCAACCAGAUGAAACUAUCAUUAAACCAUGUCGAUCUGGUACAGCACAUUGUAUGUUUGGCGAUUGUACAAAAAUUUGGUUACGAAAAAAUAAACACAUUGAUAUUAUUAUUGAAUGUCAAUGUUGGCCUAAUUAUUCUGGUGAUUGGUGUAAUAUUUAUCCACCGGAUCAUAAAUCAUUGAAACUUAUCUUAAACACAGAGAUAACUAACAAGAAUAAAAUUACACCUAUAAUCAAUGCAAAACAUGCACUGCGUACUACUAGUACUACAACAACAACACUUCAAGACGAUGAUAUAUGGCAUGAACAAAAUCUUCAAUAUGUCGGUAAUUUAAUCGCACAACAUCGUGAAUCAAUGGAGGAUAGGUUGAAAAAGAAAUUCCUUGUAUUUCAUUCAAGUUUAACAGACAAUCAAGAAAACCAGUCAGUCAAUGUUCAAUAAAUUAUAUUUCCCUUAUGUUUUGUUUUUAUUAUCAAUUAGAGCUUUGAAUUCGUCCUAAUUUUAACCAAUAUAGUUUUAUUUUAUAGUUGGUGUUUUUAGAAAAUCAAUAAACAGAUAGUUAAAAAAAAUGUCAAUUAUUAUUUUUCUGAUUGUUUAACUGUAUCAAAUUCAAUGUACAAUUAGUUUUUACUGGACGAUUGAAUUUGAUUGUAAUCAUGAACUGAUGAUCCAUGUUGGAUGGAAUUCAAGGGUGUUAGGAAUAAGUUAUCGAUGGUCGAGGUUGUGUAAUAGUAUCGUGGAUUGAUGAUGUAAUCACAGUGAUCAGGAGUCAUACAAAUUAUACACUUCAUAUACAAUCUUAAUUUGUUAGUAGAUUUGUUCAAUGUUGAAAAAUCAACAAUUAGUCAUUUUAUAUGGCAAUAAAUAUCUUCUGUUUA